AUGAUUGCAGCAGUGGAAUCAAUUCUUUGUCAGACGGAGGCAACGGAGGAGACUAAGAACCUCAUCCGACACCAAGUGUCGUCUCUCCUGAUGGCCCACAGGCCGCGGGAAGUGCUUUCCAAGGUCGAACGUGAUGCGCUUAGAGAACUCAAGGCCGACAAAGACCUGGUCAUCGUGCCAGCGGACAAAGGACGCGCCACAGUUGUACUGGACAGGACAGAAUACCUUCAAAAAGCCAAAGGUUUACUGGAUCACCGACAGUUCUAUAUCCCAUGUGCAACGAACCCUUUAAAGGCGCUGACACGCGAAAUUAAUGCAACUUUUUUGGCCUUGGAGAAAUCCGUGCAAUAACACCGACCGACAGACGCAUGGCGAGACUCCAAGAUACAACUUUGGCCCGAUUCUAUGGCCACCCUAAGGUGCACAAAGACAGCGCUCCUCUCUGACCCAUCGUGUCGCUCAAAGGGACUCCAACGUACGGACUGGCUAAGUGGCUGUUCCGGCGUCUCAAGUUCCUGACCGCUGAGUCAGACACCACGGUCUCUUCGUCAGCAAAAUUCCUGGAGAAACUCAAAGGGGUAAGCAUCCAUCCAAAUGAGGUCAUGGUAUCUUUUGAUGUUACAUCCCUUUUUAAUUCUAUUCCCCAGGACCUGGCGAUCGAGACAAUUGAGCUACUACUACAAAGCAAAUACGAUGAAACGAAGAACCGUCUUGGACACGCCCAAAUCAUUCAGCUCCUGAAGCUCUGUCUCAGGACGUACUUCACGUUCAACGGGACAAUCUACGAACAGGUGAAGGGCACACCAAUGGGUUCGCCGAUUUCGGAAUUCUUCGUCGGGGCGGUCCUGCAACGGUUAGAAUCGCUGGUCUUCCAACACCACAGACCGAAAUUCUGGGCCCGGUAUGUAGAUGGCACCUUCGUCGUCAUCGAGCGGGAUCAGGUGCUGACGUUGAAAGAACAUCUCAACGCCGUCUUCCCGGACAUUCAAUUUACGAUGGAGGAGGAAGAGAACAACCAGCUGGCCUUCCUGUAUGUCCUCGUAUGCCGCAAAGAUUGUGGUGAACUAAAAACCAAAGUGUUCAGGAAAGCGACAAAUACGAUGCAAGUACUGAACUUUAACAGUAACCACCCAAUCAGCCACAAACGCAGUUGUGUAAGGACGCUCUAUCGGCGGGUCGAAACGCACUUCAGUGAGCCGGAAGACAAAAUUGCCGAACUACAAUACCUCCGACGGGUCUUCAAAGCCAAUGGCUACCCGCACAACUUCGUCGACCGGUGCAUACGCAAAAGGGACGAAAGGCCAAACCGCAUGGACACCAAAUCUUGGCGGGCACUUCCGUAUGUCAAGAACGUUUCGGAAGCUGUCGGUCGCCUUCUCGCACCACUUGGGGUUGGAGUGGCACACAGACCGGAGGCAACCAUCAGGCGUCUGAUCAUGAAACCGAAAGACCCACUGCCACGGCUAGAAACGUCUGGAGUCGUUUAUCGGAUCUGGUGCAGUUGCGGACAAAGCAACUACGUCGGAGAAACCGGAAGACAGCUCCGAACGAGAAUGGCCGAACACGCGACAGCGGUGCGCAGAAAUGACGCCAGCUCUCAAGUUGCGACUCAUUCGACGAGAUCCGGCCACACAUUUAAAUUCGAUGAGGCCGAAAUUCUCGCAAGAGGUGACAACCGAGUGAGCCGGGAGCUACUGGAAUCAUGGUUUACUGGCCCCCAGUCCAUCAACAAGUGCAACGAUCUUCCCACUCCAUACUCCGUGCUAAAACUUCGCCUAGGCGGAAUAACAAGCCAUGCGGGGAGGACAGAGGUGAACACUUUUCCCAACACCGGGGUCGUUGCGUCAGAUGGUCGAGCAAUCAUCACGCCAACAUCCAACGCACGUGAUAAAAUUGCAGCAAUUAUCGACUCGAAUGUCGGCCAUCAAGCAGUGAUCACACCAAGUGCGACGAUCCCGGAUGAAGGGGGGAGCCGUGAAUGUUCAUAG